AUGUUAUUGUCUGAGGGAUACUGUAAAAGUCUUCUACCUAGGUAUUCGAUUCAAAGUUCCAACGAGUCCCAAUUGCCGAAAAACGAGAUUUCCAAAUCACAACCUCAAAUUUCAUACCGGCAAGUGCAGGAGCACACAUCUGCCGACGAUUGUUGGGUAAUAUUGAAUGGAUUUGUUUAUGAUGUGACGAACUUUUUGAAGAUUCAUCCUGGUGGGCACCAGGCUAUUCUCAAUGCGGCAGGGAAAGAAGCGAGCCCUACCAGUCGAAGCUUGUCUAGGCCCAAUCGAUCCCACCACACUCCCAUCACGGGACAAAGAAGAGCUAUCCGAGGACGAAAUUCAACUUCGAAGAAUAGGGUGAACGAGUUCUCAGUGCGACAGCAUAGGCAUAUUAUCGCAGCGCAGCGGAUGAGGAGAGAACAAUUAGCUUUUCAUGAAAAUAGGAACGCCUUCCAAGGAUACUUCUUUCGACCUCGAAUCCUACGUGGCGUGUCUGAGGGCACUACCGAAACCGAAAUUGUCGGGAUUCCAUCAGCAAUGCCAUUGUUUAUUUCUCCCACUGCUAUGGCGAAAUUAGGUCAUCCACUUGGUGAGGUAAAUAUAACAAAGGCUGCUGGUCAAAAUGGGUUAAUUCAAAUGAUUUCUUCGAACGCAAGCUGUGGACUGGAAGAAUUCUUUGCUGCGAGCAAAGAUACACAGAACCUGAUGUUUCAGCUUUACCUGAAUAAAGACCGCUCGGAGUCCGGGAAGUUGAUUCGAAAAGUAGAAAAACUCGGCGCGAAGGCAAUUGUAUUCACAGUUGACGUGGCUUGGGAGUCAAAAAAAACGCUCGAGAUGCGAUCCAAAGCAGUGACUGCUCCACCAAAGGAGGUCUCUGAAGAGGCCAUUCCAUCAAAAAGAGACCUGGGAUAUGGACCACGUCUCCAGGGCUUUUUCCUUCCAUUAUUCCAUGCGUUAACAAUAGAUCUUCGGGCAAAUACGAAAUUGCCGAUUAUUGUCAAAGGCGUUCAAUGCCCCGAGGAUGUCCAACUCUGUGUGGAGCAAGGGGUGAAUGGAGUCAUCAUUUCAAAUCACGGUGGCCGACAGGCAGAUUAUGCGCCAGCGCCAAUUGAUGUUCUAUUUGAAAUCAGAAUCUUGCGACUCGAUCUGUUUGACAAAAUAGAUAUCAUGAUAGAUGGUGGUAUAAGAUCCGGGGCAGAUGUCGUUAAAGCUCUAGCAAUGGGUGCUAAAGCUGUUGGAGUUGGUCGACCAGUUCUAUACGCCAACGGAACCCAUGGCCAAGAAGGAGUGAACCGUGUCAUAGAAAGUGAGAUCAACCCCUAG